CUUCCGGUGCCGUGAUGGGCCACCUUCGGAUGGAGUGCACCAUCCUAAACCCCAACUUCUCGGUGCUGGACAGCGAGAAGAACGUUGUCCUGAUGAUCAGAGGCCCGGUGUGCACAUCAGCCAUCUGUGCCCAGGACGUGGUCUUCGACAUUCUAACCACGGACGGCGUCACCAAGAUUGGCGCGAUAACGAAGGUCUGGGCCGGGUUGUUGCAGGAGUACUUCACCGACGCCGACAACUUUGCGGUCACCUUCUCCAUGGAUUUGGACGUGAAGAUUAAGGCCGUGCUGCUCGGCGCGGUCUUUCUGAUUGAUUUCAUAUACUUCGAGUCCACAGGAGGCCAAAGGCACAGCGAUCUUCCUGGCAACAUUAUAAAUUAGUUAUUCGAAAAUCACCGAUUUUUUCGUGCGUCCCUAAAUUCAGCCAGGCCUUCCAGAAAGGCCUUUGCGCAGUUGACUGCAUGUUUGCGAACGUGACCACAACAGUAUUCGCGCAGGUAGCAGGCUAUUGUUUUUGGUUUUCUCGUGCGUUUAUUGCACGAUACCGUCUUGGUCCUGUGGAGGCAGCUAGAUUAAUGAGAAGGCAGCGUCGAAUUUGACUUUUAUCUCAGAUAGCAAGUUAUUUAUACUUACUAUUUGCAUUCGUGCUUGUCAAUUUCUUCUGCAACAAGUUGUA